CAAUGUCCUCGCUGAUUUGCCCCGCCAUACUUGAUCUCUUCAUUUCCCCAUCAGCCUUUCCUCUAUCAGUGGCGUCACUUCUACCCACCACCCUAAUAAAUUAAUCAAUUAAUUAACUAAUCACUUUAUAAUAUAUUGAUAUUCUUCAUGGGGAGAACAAAUGAGUCCAAUCGAGUCAUUGGUCAUAGUCAACUGCAGCAAAUAAAUUUGCAUUCCCAAAGAAGCUGAAAAUGGCUGAAAGCUCAUCUAACAAUGGCGGAACUGAUCAGGUACUGGUGGAGAACACAGGCAGUGUUAGAAUAUUCAUAUUAAAUAGGCCUAAGCUGUUGAAUGCUCUUUCUGCUCAAAUGAUAUCUCGGCUGUUGGAACUUUUCCAUGCCAGCGAAGGAGAUUCAAAUGUGAAGAUGAUAGUAUUGAAGGGAAAUGGAAGAGCUUUCUGUGCUGGUGGUGAUGCUGCAGCUGUUUUUCACAAUAUUCGCCAGGGUAACUGGAAAUGGGGUGCUGAUUUUAUCCGUGAACAAUACACCCUUGACUAUGUGGUGGCAACGUAUAGUAAACCCCAGGUUUCCAUCCUAAAUGGAAUUGUCAUGGGAGGUGGACUUGGUCUUUCUGUACAUGGUAGAUUUCGAGUUGCAACAGAGAAGACGGUUUGUGCUAUGCCUGAAACAGCUUUGGGACUCUUUCCUGAUGUAGGUGCCUCUUACUUUUAUCCAAGGCUUCCAGGAUUCUUCGGGGAAUAUGCUGGUCUUACUGGUGCCAGGUUGGAUGGUGCUGAAAUGCUUGCUUGUGGUCUAGCAACUCAUUUUGUACCCUCUGAGAGGUUGCCAUUUUUAGGACAAGCACUAGCUGAAGUCAAUACGAGUGAUCCAGAUGUUAUUUCUGCCAUCAUUAAUCGCUUCUCUGAUGUACCAAAGUUGAAAGCAGGAAGUCCUUAUCACAAGAUGAAGAUUAUUGAUCGCUGCUUCUCUCGAAGAACAAUCGAAGAAAUCAUAUCUUCUCUUGAAACUGAGGCUUUGAACAAUAAGGAUGACUGGAUCUGUUCGACCAUCCAAUCCCUGAAGAAAGCAUCCCCGACAAGUCUUAAAAUUUCAUUGAGAUCAAUAAGAGAGGGGAGGCUGCAAGGCAUUGGUAGUUGCCUUAUUCGAGAGUAUAGGAUGUCUUGUCAUGUGUUCAGAGGAGAAUUUAGCAAGGAUUUUUUCGAGGGAUGCAGAGCCAUAGUCAUCGACAAGGAUAGAAAUCCUAAGUGGGAGCCCUCCAGACUGGAACUAAUUAGAGAUGAUGACGUUGACCGUUACUUCUCCAAGAUGGAUGAUGAAGAUUGGGAAGACCUAAAGUUGCCUGAAAGAUCAAAUUUGCCUCCAUAUGCAAUUGCCAAGCUUUAAAAUUGACCUCUGAAGAUCUUGCAAUACUCUACAGCAUGUUAUCCUCUGUUCACUACAUUAUGAAUGCCCAAUAAUCAUUUGAACUGUCUUGUUUUUAUGUACACUGGAUAAACGCACAUCACUCAGUUGAAUGAAAUGUCAGAAAUCAAGCCUAAGGAAAGAUA